AUUGCCACUCACACUCCCCGCGCGCUGCUCGGACGGAGGGAGCGCGAGGGAGCAAACAAGCGCGCGCUCGGAACCGGGGCGAGCAGAGGGGACGCCCGGCCGCUGUCUGCACCACCCCCGCCGUCCGUCUCAGCAGCUCUCCGGAGCCUGGGGAGGAGCGAGGGCGAAUCGCUGAGUCCUAGAGCCCAGCCGGGCAAGACCCAUCUGCGGGAGGACGGCCGCUCCACUCAGCCGCCUCCUGCACUCGAGCCGAGAAGCGCACACCGACCGCCUCGCUGGCCGGGGAACUGGGAGCACAGGUCUCUGCAGCCCCAGGGAUGGUCUAGGGGCCAGUGUGAGGCUUGCUGCUGUGAUCCUAGCCGGGGCUCACUGCCUCCUGCGGAUCGCCCAAGGCUUUGAACCGCAGCGGCCCGGGGCUGCGCGCCGCGCCGGCCCAGGCCAGAGAAGUUAGUUGUGCGCGCCGCUUAGUGCGCGGAGCGAGUACAGAGGGAACCAGCGAGGGAGGCAGCGAGGCGCCGGGACCAUGGGUUGGGGGAGCCGCUGCUGCUGCUGCCCGGGACGGCUGGACCUGCUGUGCAUGCUGGCGUUGCUCGGGGGCUGCCUGCUCCCUGUGUGCCGGACGCGCGUCUACACCAACCACUGGGCCGUCAAAAUCUCCGGCGGCUUUCAGGAGGCCGACCGCAUCGCCAGCAAGUACGGAUUCAUCAACAUAGGACAGAUCGGGGCCCUGAAGGACUACUACCACUUCUACCAUAGCAGGACGAUUAAAAGGUCAGUUCUCUCAAGCAGAGGAACCCACAGUUUCAUUUCAAUGGAACCAAAGGUGGAGUGGAUCCAACAGCAAGUGGUGAAAAAGCGGACGAAGAGGGAUUAUGACAUCAGUCGUGCCCAGUCAACUUACUUCAAUGAUCCCAAGUGGCCAAGCAUGUGGUAUAUGCACUGCAGUGACAACACACAUCCCUGCCAGUCAGACAUGAAUAUUGAAGGAGCCUGGAAGAGAGGUUACACGGGAAAGAACAUUGUGGUCACCAUCCUGGACGAUGGCAUUGAGAGGACCCACCCGGACCUGAUGCAGAACUAUGAUGCUCUGGCAAGUUGUGACGUGAAUGGAAAUGACUUGGACCCAAUGCCUCGUUAUGAUGCAAGCAAUGAAAACAAGCAUGGGACCCGCUGUGCUGGAGAAGUGGCAGCGGCUGCAAACAACUCUCACUGCACAGUUGGAAUUGCUUUCAACGCCAAGAUUGGAGGAGUACGAAUGCUAGAUGGAGAUGUCACGGACAUGGUUGAAGCAAAGUCAGUUAGCUUCAAUCCCCAGCAUGUCCACAUUUACAGCGCAAGCUGGGGCCCGGAUGAUGAUGGCAAGACUGUGGAUGGACCAGCUCCACUCACCCGGCAAGCCUUUGAAAAUGGCGUUAGAAUGGGGCGGAGAGGCCUCGGCUCCGUGUUUGUCUGGGCGUCAGGAAAUGGUGGAAGGAGCAAAGACCACUGCUCCUGUGAUGGCUACACCAACAGCAUCUACACCAUCUCCAUCAGCAGCACAGCUGAAAGUGGAAAGAAACCUUGGUACCUGGAAGAGUGUUCCUCCACACUGGCCACGACCUACAGCAGUGGAGAGUCCUACGAUAAGAAAAUAAUCACUACAGAUCUGAGGCAGCGAUGCACGGACAACCAUACUGGGACAUCAGCCUCAGCCCCCAUGGCUGCAGGCAUCAUUGCAUUGGCGCUGGAAGCCAAUCCGUUUCUGACCUGGAGAGAUGUGCAGCAUGUUAUUGUCAGGACUUCCCGUGCAGGACAUUUGAACGCUAAUGACUGGAAAACCAAUGCUGCUGGUUUUAAGGUGAGUCAUCUCUAUGGAUUUGGACUGAUGGAUGCAGAGGCAAUGGUGAUGGAGGCGGAGAAGUGGACCACCGUUCCCCAGCAGCAUGUGUGUGUGGAGAGCACAGAUCGACAAAUCAAGACAAUUCGCCCCAACAGUGCAGUGCGCUCCAUCUACAAAGCAUCAGGCUGCUCAGAUAACCCCAACCACCACGUCAACUACCUGGAGCAUGUAGUGGUACGCAUAACCAUCACCCACCCCAGGAGGGGAGACCUGGCCAUCUAUCUGACCUCACCCUCAGGAACCAGGUCACAGCUUCUGGCCAACAGAAUUCUACCAUUGAACCACCAGGGCCUCAUUAAUCUGUGGAAGGUCCCUGGGAAGAAAGAGCCAUCACAGUUCCAGAUCAUAGUGACUCAGAGCCAGGGGCGAAUUUCACAAUGUUUUAAUCACAUCAAAGAUUCUGUUUCUAGGAAAACAGCCCCUCUGCAGUUGCUUGGAAAAUUCAGCCUGUUCGACCUUUCUGGGCUCUUCCUGCACAUUUUGGUAUUUAUUGUUGGCUUCCCCCGGAAUGACUUCAGUGAGGAAACUCGCCCAUGUGACUCAGAGUGUAGUGAGGUUGGCUGUGAUGGACCCGGGCCGGACCACUGCAAUGACUGUUUGCACUACUACUACAAGCUGAAAAACAAUACCAGGAUUUGUGUCUCCAGCUGUCCGCCUGGCCACUACCAUGCUGACAAGAAACGAUGCAGGAAGUGUGCGCCCAACUGCGAGUCAUGCUUUGGGAGCCACAGUGACCAGUGCCUGUCCUGCAAAUAUGGCUACUUCCUGAAUGAAGAAAAUAAUAGCUGUGUUACUUACUGCCCUGAGGGUUUUUAUCAGGAUUCCAAGAAAAAUAUUUGCCGGAAAUGCAGUGAAAACUGCAAGACGUGUACUGAGGCCCAGAACUGUACAGAAUGUAGGGAUGGGCUAAGCUUGCAGGGAUCCCGGUGUUCUGUUGCCUGUGAGGACGGAUGGUACUUUGAUGGCCAAGACUGUCAGCCCUGCCACCGCUUCUGUGCCACUUGUGCUGGGGCAGGAGCUGAUGGAUGCAUUAACUGCACUGAGGGCUACUUCAUGGAGGAUGGGAGAUGUGUGCAGAGCUGCAGUAUCAGCUACUACUUCGACCACUCUUCAGAGAAUGGAUACAAAUCCUGUAAAAAAUGUGAUGCCAGCUGCUUGACCUGCAAUGGUCCAGGGUUCAAGAACUGUACAAGCUGCCCCAGUGGGUACCUGUUAGAUUUAGGAAUGUGUCAAAUGGGAGCAAUCUGCAAGGAUGGAGAAUACAUUGACGAUCAUGGCCACUGUCAGAUCUGUGAAGCCUCAUGUGCCAAGUGCUGGGGACCAACCCAGGAAGACUGCACUGGCUGCCCCAUCACAAGGGUUUUUGACAAUGGCCGAUGUGUUUUGAACUGCCCUUCGCAGAAAUUUGAAUUUAAGAACCAAUGCUAUCCAUGUCACCACACCUGCCAAGAAUGCCAAGGAAGUGAGCCUUCCAACUGCACCUCCUGUGGUGUAGAUAAGCUUGGCCGAGAACGAGUCCUGUUCCAGGGGGAGUGCCUUGAGCACUGCCCAGGGGGUCACUACCCUGCGCCCGAGCAUGCCUGUCUGCCCUGCCCAGACCACUGUGCUUUCUGCCAAGGCCCACACAUCUGCACGCAAUGCGCUGAUAGCUACUUCCUAGUGCCCGCCAACCACACAUGCCAGAAGCUGGAGUGCGGACAAGGUGAAGUCCAAGACCCAGACUAUGAAGAAUGUGUGCCUUGUGAAGAAGGAUGUCUGGGGUGCAGCUUGGAUGAUCCAGGAACCUGCACAUCAUGCACUAUGGGGUAUUACAUGUUUAAACACCAUUGUUAUAGAACCUGUCCUGAAAAAACCUACAGUGAAGAAUUUGAAUGCAAAGAAUGUGAUCCCAACUGUGGCAACUGUGACCAAAAUGAGUGCUACUGGUGUGAAGAGGGCUUCUUCCUCCUGGGCGGCCAUUGUGUGACAAAAUGUGGCCCUGGCUUCUAUGGUGACCCAGAAAUGGGAGAAUGUGAACCCUGCCACCGAGCCUGCAAAACCUGCACGGGCCUUGGCUAUGACGAGUGCAGCAGCUGCCAAGAAGGAUGGCAUCUACUGGAUGGGAAAUGUGUCAGUCCUGCCCAGACCCAAGUGGAUGGCCAAUUCUGGAACGACAUCUUGAGAAAAUACCAGCUUUGUCAUUCUUCUUGUGAAACGUGUAAUGGGUCUGCCACUCUGUGUACUUCAUGUCCAAAAGGUACGUACCUGUUGGCUCAGGCCUGUGUCUCCUCCUGCCCCCAAGGCACAUGGCCCUCAGUGAGGAGUGGCAGCUGUGAGAACUGUACAGAGGACUGUGCCUCUUGCUCGGGAGCCAAUCUUUGCAAAAAGUGUCGCACUCGGCCUGACCACCCUCUCUUCCUCCAUGAUGGCAGAUGCUAUUCCAAGUGCCCUGAAGGCUUUUAUGCAGAAGCGGGUGUAUGUGAACGCUGCAGCUCACCUUGCAGGACGUGUGAAGGAAAUGCCACCUACUGCCUCUCUUGUGAAGGAGUGUUCUUGCUGGAGCAGGGGGUAUGCCGUGAAGCCUGCUCCGAGAGCCACGUGGCUGUGGAGGGCAUGUGCCAGCAGUGCCCAGAGAUGUGCCAGGAUUGCAUCCAUGAGCAAACAUGCAAAGAGUGCAUGCCCAAUUUCUUCCUGAACAAUGAUAUGUGCCACCAGUCCUGUCCCUCUGGCUUCUAUGAGGAUGCCCGCCAGUGUGUCCCCUGCCAUGAAGACUGCCACGAGUGCAGCGGCCCCAGUGCAGAUGAAUGUGACCUCUGCGCUGACGCAUCCUUGGUCCUCUAUGAUGGGCUGUGUUUGGAUGAGUGUCCAGCAGGAACUUACUUGGAAAGAGAGACUAACAACUGCAAAGAUUGCCACAAGACCUGCAAGACCUGCAUAUCAUCGGGAACCUGCAAAACCUGUCAAGAAGGCCUGAGGAAGAACACUCAUGGGAGCUGUGUGCCUUAUGAAGAGUGUGCCCACGUGGAGUACUGGGAUGAGGAGGCCCAUGGGUGCCAACCCUGUCACACCACGUGCCUCCAUUGCAUAGGGCCUGCGGAGGACCAGUGUCGUACCUGCCCAAGGAAUAGCCUUCUUCUCAAUAUGACCUGUGUGGAAGACUGCCCCGAGGGCUACUAUGCAGAUGAGGACAGCCACCGAUGUGCUCCCUGCCACAGCUCUUGUAGGACAUGUGAAGGGAGACACAGCAUGCAGUGCCAGUCCUGCCAACCAGGCUGGUUCCAGCUAGGGAAGGAGUGCCUGCCCCAGUGCAGGGAAGGAUAUUAUGCAGAAAACUCCACCGGACGGUGUGAGAAGUGCAACAAAAGCUGCAAGACAUGCCGGGGCCCACGGCCUGUAGACUGCCUGUCCUGUGAUACCUUUUUCUUUCUGCUCCGCUCUGAAGGAGAGUGUUACCGCGCCUGCCCAGAGCAUUACUUUGCAGACCAGAGCACACAGACCUGUGAAAGAUGCCAUCCAACGUGCGAUAAAUGCAAAGGAAAAGGAGCAUUGAAUUGCUUGUCCUGUGUGUGGAGUUACCACCUUGCGGGAGGAAUCUGCAAUUCAGACUGUUUUACAGGGAAAUACAGAGUGGGAGAGGGAGAGAAAUUUAACUGUGAAAAAUGCGACGAGAGCUGCAUGGAGUGCAAGGGACCUGGUGCCAAGAACUGCACUGUGUGCCCCGCCAACCUGGUGCUGCACAUGGAUGACAGCCAGUGCCUCCCCUGCUGCAAUGUUUCUGAUCCCACUGACACCCAGGAGUGCUGUGACUGCCAGGACACCACUGAGGAGUGCAUUCUCAGAACAAGUGAGAUUGGCCCUGCAGCUGAGAGUUCCAAGACAGCUCUGUUCGUCACCUCCUCCAUCAUGCUGCUGCUGCUGCUCGGGGCAGCCGUGAUUGUCUGGAAGAAGUCUCGAGACCGAGCCCAGCCAGCAGAAAAGUCUGGCUAUGAAAAGCUCUCUGACCCAAACAAGGCUUAUUCUUCCUACAAGAGCAGCCAUCGUGAAAGCACGAGCUUUGAAGAGGAUCAGGUGAUUGAGUACAGGGACCGGGAUUAUGAUGAGGAUGAUGAGGAUGACAUAGUCUACAUGGGUCAAGAUGGCACCGUCUACCGGAAAUUUAAGUACGGGCUGCUGGACGAUGAUGAUGAAGAUGAGCUGGAAUAUGAUGAUGAGAGCUAUUAUAAGUAA